AUCCCGAGGUUGUUUACGCACCGACGCAAACACUCGCUGGCCUAACCUCCUAAAGCGUGCAGCAGGCUGCAGGGGUGUGGAGAGACGAAGCAAAAAAGUGCAGAUCGCGUGUGCGCGUCCAGUGUGUGUGCGGGUGACUCCUACAUUUUUUGCUGUGUUAAAAUUUUGCGUUUCCCGUAGACUUGGUUAAUUUUUCCCCGCUGCUUCAAGAUGGUACUUUGUAGCAUAGAGUGCGUACAGAGAAUAUCAGAGUAUCUGGACGUUUCGCCGGGGAAGCUUUACGUCUCGGAAAACAACACUGUAGCUACUUCUGGCUUGGUGAACAAUCAAAGCACCGAAGGAUUUAGUACAAUUGUUCAAGCUCUCGUGAAAAAUUCUAAAUAUCCAGCCAUUCUGGGUGACGAUGCAGUUACACAGGCUCUCACACGACAAUGGCUGGAGUAUGCAGUUCUCUGCGUUAAUUACGCAGAUAACUCAGCCAACGAAAAGCGAGUCUUGAAGGAACUGAACACUGUAUUAAAAAUGAGUACCUACGUUUCUGGAACUAAAAAGACUAUAGCAGAUGCUACUCUUUAUUACGCCGUGCAUGGAAUAAUGCAAAGACUGACUCCCCAAGAGAAAGCAGAACACGUGCAUUUGUCAAGAUGGUUUGACAACAUGCAGCAGGACGAGAAACUGCGGCAAACCAUGGAUCUGAUCAACUUCAACAUGAUGCAUUUGUAUUUGUAAAAAAAAAGGCAAAACAAUUUCCAUCCCGAGUAUUGUAUUUUCUUCUAACGUUGUAAGAUUUAUUCACGAAACACUAUUUCUUACAAAAUUCGCGAUUUGUGACUAGUAAAUAAAUUUGUUAAUUACAUCUUUAAGGCAAAUUAAAGCACUGUAUUAUUAAUUUA